GAUCGCAUAUCCUGGCCUGAUCCAGGCCGAUCAUGGCUGUCGGCGUCCAGUCGAUCUUGUGCCUCGCGUUCGGUUUGUCGAUCGUUCUUUCGUCGAAAUUAAUCGAUGCUCGACCGCAGCGCGGUGACUUCGAAUAUCUCGUAGCAGGACUUAAUUCCUCGGUUCAGAGUGAGCAGGAUUGGCCGUUGGAGGUGGAGGAGGAAAAGGAGGAGGAGGAGGAUCUAAUCACAGAUAGAUGCGAGGAAGAGGACAGUGUUUACAACGAAACGAACAGUUUCUCGGAGGGAUCUGGAUCAUCGUCUGCCAGGAAUGCGGGGAGAGGAUUUUCUUUCGUCGACAUGAUCGAGUCGAUGCUUGCCGUAGUGACCAACGGCAUCGGUUCCAUCGUGUCCAGCAUCAUCGGUUCGGAGAGAUCUCCGAAAGCAAAAUCCACGAAAAUCAAUUAUAGAAAUUAUCACCUGAUCAGGCUGUACCCGAAUUCGAAAGGUCAGGUGAACGAAUUGAGAGAGCUCAGGGACGCUGAGCCGGAAGACAUCAGGUUCUGGACGCAGCCAUCUUAUAACAAGUCAACGGACGUAGUCGUUGCUCCAGGCCUGGUUGCCGAUCUGAAAAUAUUUCUAAGAGACAGAGGCAUCGAUUUCAAGGUGCUGAUACCGGAUCUACAGAAAACUAUAGCACACCAGAAUCCGAAGAUGUCGAAGGAGCAGAGAGAUGACCUCGUCAAUAUUCAGGGUCACAGCAUGACCUGGAAACGGUACCAUCGAUACGCAGAUAUCACGAGAUACCUGGAAUACCUGUCGCUCAGGUAUCCAAAAAUGGUGGAGAUGUCGACGAUUGGGCACAGUUACGAGGGCCAGCCGAUCAAAAUAGUGAAAAUCUCAACCGGUCCGGGCAAAGACGGUCAUCCGAAGCCAGCGGUGUGGAUAGACGCCGGUAUGCACGCGAGAGAAUGGAUCGGCACCGCCGUGGCGACCUACAUCGUGAGCCAGUUGGUCGAAAAGAACGUCAGCUACACGAAAUUGCUGGAUAAUUCGGACUGGAUGAUAUUACCUGUCGCGAAUCCGGAUGGCUACGAGUUCACUCACACCGGGGACAGGUUGUGGAGAAAAACGAGGAGCAAUCACGAGGAGGAGCAAGAGGACAGUCGUCUUCUGCAGUUGGUGAAUCACUAUGCAAAGUGGUUCUGGGGAAAAUGCGAGGGCGUCGAUCCCAAUAGGAACUUUGGCUACCAUUGGGGCGAGAUGGACGAGGGCGGGGCCAGUUCAGACCCUUGUCACGAGACCUAUGCUGGCCCUCGAGCGUUCUCCGAGCCGGAAACACAGGCAAUGGCUGAUUAUAUCCUGGCUAACAAAGAAAACAUUCGAAUGUACCUGACACUGCACUCCUACUCGCAAAUGUGGCUGGUCCCGUGGGGAUACACGUACUCGAAGCCAUCCGAUUACUUGGAGCUGGCGAACGCUGCUAAAAAAGCGAUAAACGCGAUCUCGAAGGUUCACGGCACCGAUUAUCAGCUGGGUCCAUCGUCGGACCUUCUCUAUCCCACCUCAGGAGCUUCGGACGACUGGGCGAAAGGCGUCGCCGGAAUAAAAUAUGCGUACACCGUGGAGCUUCGAGAUCGUGGUACUUACGGAUUUCUGCUUCCAGCAUCUCAAAUUAUGCCGACAGCGCGCGAAAUUUGGGCAGGAAUACGAACGAUCGUCCGGCAGGUCACUACGAGCACGUGAAAUCGCGCGAAAAUAAUCGAGCGCGACGCAAAUCGUGUGCAAAACAGGAAACUACGUCUUGUACAAUUUUUGGCUCGGCUGAAAAUAAAAUUCGACAAGCAUCUGAUCCGAGCGACUAUACCCGCCUACAAUCGGUUCGGCUCGAUAAGAUUUCGAUCGAUCCGGAUCGCGGAUUGAAUUACGUUUCGCUUAAUUGCCCGAUUAUUUAUAUCACGUUGAAAGUUCAGUCGCCCAAUCUCGGAUCAUCCCCGAGCCGACAAUUUAUCGAAUUUAAUUAUUAAAAUGAUGCAUCAUUGAUAUUGUAAAUAUUGUAAAGUAUUAGUAGAAUUGUUGAUAGCGUGUCCGAGAUGAUCCUAAUUUAUUAUAGAUUGCGCUCCGUACCGUGAAAGCGACUAAUUUAUUUAUUUAAGCAAAUUUGUGUAGCAUUCAUGGCAUCGAAAAUAUCGUCGAAUAAAAUAUUGAGAAAAAAGAG